CAUGAAAAGUUGUUUCGCUCAUGUAAACACGCAGACCGACACGUUCGCGCACAGAGCAGCAUCGAAGGCGCUGUGUGCAUGUAGGUUCCAGCGACAAGCUCCAAACAGAGCAGUGCAGCACCGCAGCAGGUUGUCCGCCGAGAUUAAGUAAACAUCGAAAGCGUACGUGCAUAUUGUUCAGUGUAGCGUCUCGUGCAGCACUCAGGAUGAGAAAGAAGCAGACUGCCAAACAGAGGAAGACAGAGGAGACUACAGUUGUGCAGGAGUUCGUGGUGGAAAAAAUAAUUCGCCGCAGAAUCUUCAAUGGAAGAGUGGAAUACUUCCUGAAGUGGAAAGGCUUCACUGAUGCAGAAAACACUUGGGAACCUGAGGACAAUCUGGACUGCCCUGAACUCAUUGAAGAGUUCCUGAGAAGCACCCAUUUCUCAGGGGAGAAUGAGGAAGAGGAAACUGAAGAGUUCAUUCCCAAAGAAGAAAUGACAGAGCAAGAGAGGGAAAUUUCUCAGCAGCAGGCUCACACUGCGCAGUGCAACAACGACGUCCUCGAGACAAACGAUGAGCAGUCAGACAAGCCCACUAACAUCACCACUUACCUCGAGCCUGAAUGCAUCAUCGGCUCCACAGACAGACAGGGAGAGCUCAUGUUCCUAGUCAAAUGGAAGAACUCCGAUGAUGUGGCCCUGCUGCCGGCUCGUGAAGCCAGCGCCAGGUGUCCCCAGGUGGUCAUCAACUUCUAUGAGCAGAAGCUGACGUGGCACUGCGGAGACGAGGAGCAGUGAAGUGUGUGUGUUUUGUGUGUGUGUUUGGGGGUGGGGGGGGAUUGUGUACAGAGGCGAACUGAUAACACAGCUGUGAUCUCACCUGAAGCUUAGUUUGACCUCCAUCGAGUGUCCUCCUUCAGCUGACUUUAGAGGCACACUGUGUGAAAUUAUAUUCCCGCUGCAGGUGGAGUUUCACAUACUGGCAGGUGCUCAAGAUCGUCAGCGGGGAUGGAUUUAAAGUGCUCUCGUACCUGCGGUGCUCAACGAGGUCUCUGUACCUUUGUGGGGACUGAUGGAGACUAAAACUAACCUUUGUGUAGAGCAGCUGAUUUGAGGUCAGACUAACCUGUAGCAAUGUUGGUGUUGUGUAAGCAGACACUAUCACUGUGGACAUGUGUUUUGUUUUUAUUGUUAUAUAGUAAUUUAGUAUUUAUAGACCUGUUUGGCUACAAGGAUCUUUGUUGUUUGGUGUGUGCUUUGUAUCUUGUAUAGCAACACUGUGUAGGCAGAGUGAACUAACUGCUGUCAGAUGCGUACCUACAGUCCACGUAGCUAUUAUUUAGAGCUGAAGAUUGUAGACCUGUUCUCCAAACUUUUGUUGUUUGAACUUGUAUUGCGUGAGGUGUUUUAUAGCCACAGCAUUUAAUGUGCAUUUACAUGUAUCUGUAUGACCCUUGUGGUUGAUGUAAAAAUAUUUUAAAAUUUCCCCAUAUUUUCAGUCAGCUGCUAAGUACCAAAUGUUCUAUUCUCCUCUGUAUUGAAUGAAAUAUUGUGGAGUUUUUAAAAUAUUAUAUGGUGCUUACACUUGGUGAAAUCCAGGCAAAGUUACUCAAAAGGUCAUAAUAAACAAAUUAUAAAGUAAAUCUUUUGAGAUAUACACACAAAGGUUUGUGCACCUAUGGUGGCUAAUAAGAUUGUUAAAUGUAGCACUUUAAAUAUUAGACUGUCCAAUUGUGCUGGGCAUUGUCUUCCAGUAAUUACACCUGUCCACAUAUAUGAUACCUGUAUCCUAAUGGCACCGCCCUGACUUGACAUAUCUCCCAUGACUGUUAUGGGACACUCUGCUGAACCUUAAACCUCCUAAAACACACCUGCUACUGAAUUACUGUGUAACUGUUGACCAUGGAUCUGUGAAGUCUCUGUGAAUAAAUGAAACCUUUUGUGAAGCUUU